CUGUCCUUCACCACCAUAUGACACUGAAUCUCAGAUUGACAAUCCUGGAUGAUAUGCUGGAUUAAUAGAUGAUCCUUGAAUCCUUAAUUCUUAUCUGUUCUUUUCACAUACAGGUCCAGAGGAGAAGGCCAUGGUCAAGGUUGAAGACACUGAGGAGGAGGCGUCAGAGUCUUCUCCUGAUCAUGUGCUUUCUCCAGUGUCUGGUUCAGGCUCUGUCACCAGCUCUCUUACUGAAGGGAGUUCCUCUGUUGUGGACGACGAGCCUCCACUCAGCAUCCAACCAGUGCUGUCGCUGCCUUGGGUCGGUGAGGUGGUCCCCAUAGAGGACAUGAAGCCACCAGCUCCCACGAAAGGUUUUCCAGUUUGGAAAGACCUAGGGGACACGGUGGACCUUCAUGUCGCUCAUGAGGAGACCACACCACCAUCCUCCACUCAGGCAGCCGACACACAUCAGGGCGAUGCUCUCAGCUCUGUGAUGUCUGAAUUGACACCAGCUGAUCGAGCCGCCGCUCCCCCAUCUCCUGCGUUAUCAACAGCAGAGGAAGCCUGUCCAGAGGAGAAGGCCAUGGUCGAGGUUGAAGACACUGAGGAGGAGGCGUCAGAGUCUUCUCCUGAUCAUGUGCUUUCUCCAGUGUCUGGUUCAGGCUCUGUCACCAGCUCUCUUACUGAAGGGAGUUCCUCUGUUGUUGCCGACUGGAGUGAGGUUGAGCCCCUUAGCAUGGCACCAGUGCUGUCGCUGCCUUGGGUCGGUGAGGUGGUCCCCAGAGACGACAUGAAGCCACCAGCUCCCACGAAAGGUUUUCCAGUUUGGAAAGACCUAGGGGACACGGUGGACCUUCAUGUCGCUCAUGAGGAGACCACACCACCAUCGACACAGGCAGCCGACACACAUCAGGGCGAUGCUCUCAGCUCUGUGAUGUCUGAAUUGACACCAGCUGAUCGAGCCGCCGCUCCCCCAUCUCCUGCGUUAUCAACAGCAGAGGAAGCCUGUCCAGAGGAGAAGGCCAUGGUCAAGGUUGAAGACACUGAGGAGGAGGCGUCUUCAUCUGAUCAUGUGCUUUCUCCAGUGUCUGGUUCAGGCUCUGUCACCAGCUCUCUUACUGAAGGGAGUUCCUCUGUUGUUGAUGACUGGAGUGGGGUUGAGCCCCUCAGCAUGGAACCAGUGCUGUCUCUGCCGUGGAUCGGUGAGGUGGUCCCCAGAGAUGAAAUGAAGCCACCGGCCACCGUGAAAGAAGGUUUUCCAGAAUGGAAAGACCUCUGGUACACGGUGGACUUCAGUGCAUCUCGUAAGGAGACCACCACACCACCAUCCACAAGUGCAGGCGGCACACAUCAGGAGAACAUCAAGGACCACGAGACUAAAGAUCUCAAGGCGAGGGCGGAGAUUUUAGUCUUUGAUUUGGUCCGUUUCUCCGGAUGUGGUUAUGUUUCUGCAGAAUUCCGAUUCAAGGUAGGGCGAACAUUGGUGGACUUUGCCCUGACCUCUGAGGAGGCAUGUAGUCUCGUGAGGAAGACUUUGGACCGGGAGAUGCUCCGUCUUCGUAAAGAAGAGAGUUCGCCCCAGAAAUUGAUUCACCUUUACAGGUUCAUAAAGAGGUAUCCCAUGAUAUUUGUUGGCAUGAAGUGCCAACUUUCUUCAUGGGUCCUCGAGGAUCUUUAUGAUUCAGACCUCUCUUCAGAGGAUGAAUCUGAUGAGGUUGUACCUGCUGCUGCCCCUGCUCCUGCUGACCCUCCAGCAGUGAUCCUUCCCUCUCCUCCUCCUGCACCUGCUCCUGCUGACCCUCCAGCAGUGCUCCUUCCCUCGCCACCUCCUGCUCCUGCUGACCCUCCAGCAGUGAUCCUUCCCUCGCCACCUCCUGCUCCUGCUGACCCUCCAGCAGUGAUCCUUCCCUCGCCACCUCCUGCUCCUGCUGACCCUCCAGCAGGGGUUCCACCCUCCCCUAGUGUGUCUCAACCUUCACCUCCAGAUGGAUCGACUGCUCCGGUUGAGACGCCUCAGCCCCAGACGCCUCCAUCCUCUCAGCAAACCAGUGCAGACAAGGUGGAGGAUAAGAAGGUGGAGACUAGUUUACCAUCUCCACCUUCACCUCCUGAUGGGUCAACCGCUCCGGUUGCACCUCCUCAGCCCCAAACGCCUCCAUCCUCUCGGCAAACUAGUGCAGAUGAGGUGGAGGAUAUGGAGGUGGAGACUAGUUUACCAGCUCCACCUUCACCUCCGGAUGGGUCAACCGCUCCGGUUGCACCUCCUCAGCCCCAAACGCCUCCUCAGCCCCAAACGCCUCCAUCCUCUCAGCAAAAUAAAGCUGAUGAGGUGGAGGACAUGGAGGUGGAGGCUAGAUUUCCAGCUCCACCUUCACCUCCUGAUGGGUCAACCGUUCAGGUUGCGUCUCCGCAGACGCCUCCUCAGCCCCAAACGCCUCCUCAGCCACAGCCGUCUUCGUCCUCUCAGCAAAAUAAAGCAGAUGAGGUGGAGGACAUGGAGGUGGAGGCUAGUUUACCAGCUCUACCUUCACCUCCAGAUGGCUCAACCGUUCAGGUUGCGUCUCCGCAGACGCCUCCUCAGCCCCAAACGCCUCCUCAGCCACAGCCGUCUUUGUCCUCUCAGCAAACUAGUGCAGACAAGGUGGAGGACAUGGAGGUGGAGACUAGUUUACCAUCUCUACCUCCAUCUCCAGAUGGGUCAACCGCUCCGGUUGCAUCUCCUCAGCCACAGACGCCUCCUCAGCCCCAAAUGCCUCCAUCCUCUCAGCAAACUAGUGCAGAUGAGGUGGAGGAUAUGGAGGUGGAGACUAGUUUACCAUCUCCACCUCCACCUCCAGAUGGGUCAACCGCUCUGGUUGCACCUCCUCAGCCCCAAACGCCUCCUCAGCCCCAGCCGUCUUCGUCCUAUCAGCAAAGUAAUGAGAUGGAGCUGACAUCAAUAAUGGCCAGACUCUGUCUCACAGAAACUGAUAUUAAAGCUCAACCUUCACCUCCGGAUGGGUCAACCGCUCCGGUUGCGUCUCCGCAGACGCCUCCUCAGCCCCAAACGCCUCCUCAGCCCCAAACGCCUCCUCAGCCCCAAACGCCACCUCAGCCCCAAACGCCUCCUCAGCCCCAGACGCCUCCUCAGCCCCAGACGCCUCCUCAGCCCCAAACGCCUCCUCAGCCCCAGACGCCUCCUCAGCCCCAAACGCCUCCUCAGCCCCAGACGCCUCCUCAGCCCCAAACGCCUCCUCAGCCCCAAAUGCCUCCAUCCUCUCAGCAAACUAGUGCAGAUGAGGUGGAGGAUAUGGAGGUGGAGACUAGUUUACCAUCUCCACCUCCACCUCCAGAUGGGUCAACCGCUCUGGUUGUACCUCCUCAGCCCCAAACGCCUCCUCAGCCUCCUCAGCCCCAAACGCCUCCUCAGCCCCAAACGCCUCCUCAGCCCCAAACGCCUCCUCAGCCCCAAACGCCUCCUCAGCCCCAAACGCCUCCUCAGCCCCAGACGUCUUCAUCCUCUCAGCAAAGUAAUGAGAUGGAGCUGACGUCAAUUAUGGCCAGACUCUGGCUCACAGAAACUGAUAUUAAAGCUCAACAUUCAUCUCCUCACGGGCUGUUGGCGGAGGUCACGCCACCUCAGGCCAUACUUUCACCUCCUCACAGACAAGCGUCUCCUCCCGCCUCACCUCCACAGUGUCGCGCUCCUAAGCGUCCGCCUCUUCCGUCACAGGAUGAGAUGAAGCCGACGCCUCCGGCCCAGACACCAUCGUCUGCUCAGCAAAAUAAAGCAGACACUGCCGUGGCCGACUGUUCUUCAGUUUCUCAACCUUCAACUAAUAACAGUCGGCCAAUCCGGCAAGUGUCUCCUCCCGCCUCUCCUCGUAAGCGUCCGGCUCCUAAGCGUCCGGCGUCUUUACAGGAUGAUCCGGAUGAGAUGGAGCCGACGCCAAAGAGGCCCAGGCUGUGCAAUACCGAUAUUAAAGCUCAACAUUCAUCUCCUCACGGGCUGUUGACUGAUGUCACGCCACCUCAGGCCCAACUUUCACCUCCUCACAGACAAGCGCCUCCUCCCGCCUCACCUCCUCAGCGUCGUGCUGUCAAGCGUCCGGCGUCUUCACAGGAUGAUCCGGAUGAGAUGGAGCCGACGCCGAAGAGGGAGAGGCUAAAUGGGCUGUCGACUGAGGUCACGCCUCCUCCGGCCCAGACGCCAUCAUCCUCUCAGCAAAAUAAAGCAGACGCUGGGGAGGUCGAGUGCUCUUCUGUGUCUCAACUUUCACCUCCUCAGAGACAUAUGCCUCCUCCCGCCUCUUGUCGCCGUCUUUGGCGUCCGGCUCCGUCUUCACAGGAUGAGAUGGAGCCGACGCCAAAGAGGGCCAAACUUAACAGGCUGUCGGCUGGUGUCACGCCUCCUCCGGCCCAGACGCCAUCAUCCGCUCAGCAAAAUAAAGCAGACACUGCCGUGGCCGACUGUUCUUCAGUUUCUCAACCUUCAACUAAUAACAGUCGGCCAAUCCGGCAAGUGUCUCCUCCCGCCUCUCUUCCUAAACGUCGUGCUCUUAAGCGUCCCGCUCCAUCCACUUCACAGGAAGCAUCUGAAGGCAUGGUAUCAGACGCCAAGAGACCCAGACUUGAUGGGUUACUUUAAAAAAAAGAAGAAGAAGAAGAGACCCAACUUCACCUCCUCAAUCCCCACCCCUAUGAGCAGAAAAUAAAUAAAAAUAUUUUGAUAUUAAACAGAGUAGAGUAGUGGAAAAAAACAAAAAAGAGAAAUAUUGUUUGUGACGCAUUCAUUAUGUUCAUUUAUUGUGUCAAACUUAAAUGUAAUGCGAUUAUCAGCCGCAUCAAAUGAAAAGAGGAAAAAUCAUGAUCAGGUUUUACCAACAUUUCCAUCAUCCACUAGAAAGCACUUACAGCCAAACUUACUGUAAACCUAAUAAGACAAAGAACCAAGUUAGGUUGAAAUCACUGAGAGAGAAAGUUAACUUAGUCUAAAGUUUCUCUGUUCUCCUUUAACUCCUUUAGUAACACUAAACAGACAGAUCACAGAUGAGUUCAAACAGUUAACUAACUUAAAAUCAAUUCAAGGUCUUUACAUCUUCUAACAAUCUGAUUACGAGGUUAAAAGAUCAAAAAGGUUUUCAAACGUCUCUCUACAGCUUAUGACGUAUAAUAUAUGAGAGAUUUCUGACUGCAGCAAUAACUUAUAAAACAAAUUUUUAUUAUCAUAAGAAAACAUUGAAGUUUAUUGGUUAUGACGUGGACGACUAAUGAAAACAUAAAUCAUUUCUGAAGAGUUUGUUUUGAAUAAAUACAGUAAAUCAUCUUUUAUUUAAUAUCUAAAGGUGAAAACAUCUGAAGAGAGAUCUGUAUACGAGCUGUUAACUGUUAAUGUUUGUAUAUAGCACAUGAUUCACAUUGUUUUCUUUAUCACACUGCAUUCAGGGAUCUUGAUGGCCACAUAAAGGAGGUGACCUAUAAAGCAGCACAACAUUUUAUUCAUCUGUUUCAGAGGUAAGUUAUUUUAUUACAAAUGUUACUUUAUAAAGUCACUGUUUUAAUAUUAUAAGCCAUUUAAAAUGAUAAACAUCCAGUGAUGCUCUGAAUGAACUGAGAUUUAUUGAACACACAGUGUUUCUGUUCAUCUCAUGUUAUUCUUGAGUACCUAUAGAGUAGUAUUGAUUUCUUCAUCUCUGAAGAGUCUUUAGUUUGAUCAGAUUUAUUAAAGGCAGAUCAGCUGUACCCAUGGAGGUGUACCGCGGGAGGAGCGAGUCAAGAGCAAGUAACACACACAAAACAGUAUCUCUGGAUAACUUAUGAUUCACUAUAUGUUCAUAUUGAUGAUUGCCAACAAGACACAGACAUUUGAUGCAGUUGGGCCCCUUUUUAACAAAAUACAGCUUUAAACAAACACACACGCACAGCUCCGCUGCUACUCUGUUUCAGGGUUCAUUUUAGGUAGUAACACUUAGCUUCAGAGGACGUCUGCACAUGCGUGCACUUAUGAUGAGUGUUCAGCAGCACAUAUUUUGUGCUAUAUUAUAAUGUUAAAGCAGUUUUUGUUACAUUUACAGUUGCAAAUAUAAAUUGCUGUCUAUCUCUGUUCUUUUUA